CAUUGUAGCGCGCUGGAUGAUGCUGAGUCGCAAGCUUUAUUUUCCUCACGCUAUAUAAAAGCUGAUGCUGUGUUGAGUGCCGCAGUGCUUCUGAUUCUGUUCGGACUCGGAGAAACAUGAGUUAUAUUAUGGAUAACCUAUACGGGCCCGGUUAUUACCGUAAGGGUCAAAUAAGUAUUCGGACAAGGACAACUCCAGUUUCAAGUGGUUUCCACUCUGCGAGUCUGUCUCGGAGCUCGGUCUCCUCCGGUUACCGACGCACUGGUGGGCUCUCUGCUGACAGCUUUGAGUCCUUCAACGGAGAACCAAGGUCCCGUAGCGAGAAGGAGAUUCUUCAAGCUCUUAAUGACCGGUUUGCUGUCUACAUCGAGAAGGUGCGGCACCUUGAGCUGCAGAAUAAGCACCUGGAAGCGGAGGCAACUGCGCUGCGACAAAGUCAAGCCGGGCGCUCAGCCGUCGGCGAUCAUUAUGAUCGUGAGCUUGGGGAACUGCGGGACACAAUCGCUCAACUCACCCAGGAGAAGGCUCAAUUUUUCUUCGAACAACAACACAUUGAUGAGGACCUACAGCACAUGCGGGCAAGGCUUGAAGAUGAGAUGCGUGGACGCGAAGAGCUUGAAGCUGCAAUCCGUGCUGUGACCAAGUAUAUAGAUGAGUCCGAACUUGCGCGUCUGGAGCUUGACAAAAAACUGCAGUCCCUGCAGGACGAGUUGGCCUUCCAGAAGAAGAAUCAUGAAGACGAGGUGGACGACCUGCUUGCACAGAUACAGGGUGCGCAAGUGAACGUCGAAUCCCGGCAUCAGCUGAAGACUGACUUGACCAGUGCCCUCCGUGAAAUCCGCGCGCAACUGGAUGCUAAUGCGUCCAUGAAUGCAGCUCAGGCGGAGGAAUGGUUCAGAGUUCGAAUGGAGAAAUUGUCCGAAGCGGCCCAUUUCAACGACGACGCUAUCCGCGCGGCCCAGGAUGAGAUGUCUGAGUACCGUAGGCAGCUGCAGAGCCGCAUUGUGGAGCUGGAGACCCUGAAGGGCACUAGGGACUCGCUGGAGAGGCAGUGCUGUGAGACUGAAGACCAUCACCAAGGAGACAUGGCAUCUCUCCAGGAAACCCUUCAUCAGCUGGACAAUGAGCUGAGAGGUACAAAAAUGGAAAUGGCUAGUCAGCUGAGGGAAUACCAGGACCUGCUGAAUGUGAAGAUGGCGUUAGAUAUCGAAAUCGCUGCUUAUAGGAAGCUGUUGGAGGGGGAGGAAACCCGCUAUGUGUCAGGUCUGGGUUCAUACUCCUACCUGGAGGGGAAGAUCACCUCUCACCUAAAGGAAGACAAAGCCAUCGAGGAGGAGACUGAGGAGGCUGAUGAGGAAGGACAGGAUGAGGGAGAAGGAGAAGAAGGAGGAGAAGAGGGGGAGAAGGAAGGAGAGGAAGAAGAGGAAGGAGAAGAGGCUGCUGAGGAUGUAGAGGAGGAGGCCAAAUCGGAUGAAGGGAAGGGAGGUGAGGAGGAGAAAGAGGAGGGCGAGGGGGAGGAGGAAGAGGAAGGAAAGGAAGAAGAAGGGAAGGAGGAAGAGGGAGGUAAGGAAGAGGCGGCGGAGGAGGGAGAAGAUUCAAAGUCUCCCACUGAUGAAAAAUCUGAGGAGAAGGAUUCAACUUCACCGCCUUCCAAAUCUCCUCAAGCUAAGACCCCCACUUCCAAGUCACCAAUUUCCAAGUCCCCUGUUAGCAAGUCCCCCAAAGCAAAGUCACCUAUUACAAAAUCUCCAGAAUCCAAGUCUCCUAAGACCAAAUCCCCUGAAUCCAAGUCACCACCCACCAAGUCACCACCUAAAACACCUCAGCCCAAGUCUCCACCAAAAUCACCUGCAUUGAAGUCACCCACCAAGACUGCCGGGUCAAAAACCUUGGUAAAGAAAGAGUCCAAGUCCCCUGUGGAGGAGAAAUCCAAGAGCAAGAGCACACCAGAAGCAGCAGACAAGAGUGCUCCCAAGCCCAAAGACAAGGAAGAGCAGGCUGAAGCCGAGGACAAAGACCACACAGAGGAGGAAGCAAAGGAGGAAGUAGAGAAGGAUGCAACCUCCAAGGCAGGUGACAAAAAGGACGAGCCCAAGACUCCUUCAAAGGAAGCUAAAAAAGACAAAGAAAAGCCAGCCGCUCCAAAGCCGGACGAGGAGCCCAAGGAGGAUACUAAGCCCGCCACCAAACCGGCGCCAGAGAAGAAAUCUCCUGAGAAAGCCGAUUCCAAGAAGGAAGACAAAAAGGCGGAUGAAGCGGUGGUCAAAGAAACCCCUGCAGCUCCUACAAAAGAGGUGGCAAAAACCGAGAAAGCUGAGAAGUCUUCAGGCACCGAAGCAAAGGAGGCAAAGGCCACUGAUGAGAAGUCCAAGAAGUAAACGAUCCAAGUCCAAGAGGAGUAUGAAAGGGGGAGGAAGGGAGAGAAAGAAAACACCAAAGAGCCUUGAGCCACUAGGGUGUUACAAACUUCCUGUGAAAAGGACAAGCAAUAGUUUCAUAAAACAAGGAAUGAUAGCUUCAAUGUAUGAUUGUAGUCAAUGCAGAAUGCUCUUAAAUUCAGUCAACGUGUUGACUGUUCUGUCAAGUGCAUUAAAAUGUCCAAUUUGCUGGGAAAAUCCAUGUCAAGAAAAAUACUGAACGCACCACCCCUGAUAGCACUAUUACCCUGUUCAUGCUGGUCAGGAUUCCUCUAAGAAUGUGAUAUGUUAAAAAAAAAAUAUAUAUAUAUUUGUUGAUAUGCAGAAGUAUAUUUACUAAUGAAUAAAUUAGUCUAUUUACUAAUAUACAAAAGCAAGGUGAGACAAAAGCAAUGUUUAUCAUGCACUUUACACUGAACCAUGAAUGCAGUGAUACUCCACAACUUGAAUGCAAUAUAAUGCUGGGUACUUUCACAGAAAAAAAGUGAUCCAUUAAUAAAGGCUGGGCCAUACAAACAUCA